AUGGAGAAGAGGCGUUCCAAGGGAAGCUUCCUCAGCUUGUUUGAUUGGAACACCAAAUCUCGGAAGAAGCUGAUUUGGAAUGAUCCGGAGGUUUCAAAGCAAGGGAAGGAAAAUGUGGAGAAUUUGCAGAAGUCACAGCUCACUAGGAUAAAGGUGGAUGAAAUUGGAGUAAGUCCAAGUAACAUUCAAAGUUGUGAUUUUGACAGUACCCUCUCAGUUUGUAGUGAUGAAGGAUGUGGGAGUAAAGCCCCUGGGUUGGUAGCGAGACUCAUGGGUUUGGAUUCAUUGCCAGCUUCGGUAGUCACUGAGCCCUCCGCCUGCCUCUCACUCUAUGGCUCUAAAUCUCAUGGAGUCUCGCAUUGUAAUGAGGGUGCCCUUCACUCAGUGGAUGAUGAGCUUUGUCCCGCAGAUUACAUAAACACACUGCUUAAGCUGGAGAAGUCUUCCUUGGGUUCCAUGGAGUCAAGGACAAGAAAAGUGGAAAACCUUCCAUUAAAGAGAUUUCAAACUGAAAUGUUACCUCCAAAGUCAGCUAAACCCAUUCCAGUUACUCAUAAUAAACUGUUGUCUCCUAUCAAGAGUCCCGGUAUUCUGCCACCAAAAAAUGUUGCUCACGUGAUGGAGGCAGCUGCUAAGAUAAUUGAGUCAAGUCCUCGGCCGUAUUUGAGGAAUAGAACCACAUCUACUGGGCCUUCAUCUGUUCCCCUGCGAAUUCUCAAUUUGAAAGAGAGAUUGGAAGCUGCACAAUAUGCAUCUGUGCCCGGAAAGCCUGUGAAUAUGAAUAAAACCUAUCCUGCAAAUGACAAGCUUAUUGAGAGGAGCAGUAAUUUUUCUAAAUGCACUUCAGCAUUCAAGGGUUCAAGAGGUUCAGAAAAACAUAGUUUUUGCAAUUUAGCCAGUAAAGGAAAACCAGCUUCACUUGCAAUCCAAGCCAAAAACAACUCUCAUGGUAGAGAUACGUUGAUUUCAAAUGGUGAUAUGAAAUGCAUGAAACAGAAAGAGAAGAACGAGAUAAAGUCAAAUCAGCACUCAAGGAACCAGAAACUAAGUACACAAAAAGCCAUGCAGCAGAGAUCUUGCUCAAGUCGGAAUGGCAAUGUGCUAGGGCAGAAUAAUCAAAAGCAAAAUAGCAUGACUGCCCAGGGUAAAUUAACUUCAAAAAUAGAUUCCAAUAAGUUAAAAACCCGAGCUUCAUCUUCAGAAACUUCUGGAAUAAGGAAGACAGCAAUCAAGGGCACUAUAACUGCCAACAUUCAGCCUAAAAGGUCAAUCACUAGGGCAACUGGCAACCAAAAAGAGUUUCAAAGACCCAAAACAUUAUUUACUUCCCGAAAGACAAAAUAUAUCAGCAGUGAUGUUUGUGAGGCAAGAGGUCCUGAUAAUGCAGUAAAUAAUUUCGGAAGUAAGAUCAUUAAAUGCAAUUUUACGACUGAUGGAAGCUUUGAUCAGGAUGCAUUUAAUAUGAAAGAAAGCAAGGAUGUUAUUUCAUUUACAUUUACAUCUCCAUUGAGAAGAAGUAUGCCUGAGUCAUCUUCCUCUACUGAGCAAAUCAUGGGAACCAGAAAUAGAAUUGAUGUCCAUUCUCUUGAGCAUAGUGAUAACCUUUAUCCCAAAAAAUUGUCAUUAUCUCCACCAGGGAAACAUAUGAUAGACAGAGACGCUUUAAGUGUCCUGUUGGACAAAAAGCUGCAAGAAUUGACAUCUAGAAUUAAUUUACCUCAAUGUACCUUGGCCACGGAGGGUAGUUCUACUGGUUUGGGAUCUAGUGUGCAAGACAAAGUUCCCAGUGUGACAAGCACCAUGCAUAAGGAACAAGACAGAAGCCUUUGCCCUGACCUGUUUAGUGAUAAACUGGACAGCAUUCAUAACUCUCGUUGUACAAGUGAUGAUCUAGUGCUUAGCAUGAAUCAGCAACUGCAGACUUCAGAAGUAAGUCAAGAUCCUAGCUGUAGCAGCAAUAGUGAAAGUGGAAAUGAUCUAGUGCGUUGGUAUUCAACUGCUGUUGUGGGUUUCGAAACUCCUUUUGUCAGUGAAAGUUACUUGGAUAGUGAAGACAGUGCUUAUGGCAGCACAGUUUAUUCUUCCAUGCAAGAUGAAGAAAUAUCUAGUUUUUCCCAGAUAAGCGAAUCUGUAUCACUUGAAAGUGAGAUGAAAGGACCAGAGCAAAGCCCUUUUACAUUGGGGGACGGAAAUAUGACCACCAAACAAGUAAGUAACACAGAGCUUGAAUAUGUACAAGAUAUUCUUGGCAAUGCAGAGUUUAUGGCAGAAGAAUUUGCCAUGGGUCAAACUAGUACAGUCAUAAUGCCAAAUCUAUUUGAUCUGUUGGAGAAUCAGAGUAAUAGAACAGAAAACUAUGUAGAAGAGUACCCUAAGCUUGAAAGGAAGGCUAUAUUUGACUAUGUGAGCGAGUUUCUGGAGUUCAGAUGUAAGCAAGCUUUCAUUGGAACAUGCAAAGCAUGGCCUCGAUGGAUGAUGUCAGUUCAGAGGAAGAGCUGGAUGGCAGAGGAACUGUACAAGGAGAUGCUGAGUUUUAGAAGCAUGGAAGAGAUAAUGGUGGAUGAGCUUGUCACCAGGGACAUGAGCUCUGGAUGUGGGAAAUGGCUUGACUUUGAUGUUGAAGCAUUUGAAGAGGGUUUAGAGGUUGAGGGAGACAUACUAGCUUAUUUGAUUAAUGAAUUGGUUUCAGAUUUGUUACCUGUUUAA